AUGUGUGGAAUUGGGGCAUUUCUGGAUUUCCACAAUCACUCUCAACCAGUGAGCCAUCAACAGCUUGAGUCUGAAAUUGAUAAUGGGCUCGACUUCAUAAAACACAGAGGGCCAGAUGCUCGAGGAAAAUGGGUCAAUGCAGACGGCCGUGUGGGGCUCGGCCACAUUCGUCUGUCUAUAGUUGAUCCAAGCCCCAGCGGAAAUCAGCCUUUUCAUGAUUCUCGGGGUGACAUUCAUGCGGUCGUCAACGGCGAGCUGUAUGAUCAUGAACGCUAUCGGGAGCAACUAGCAUCAGAGUUUGACUUCAAGGGAAAUAGUGACUGUGAAAUUGUCAUCGCCUUGUAUAAGCACUAUGGCGCGUCCUUUUUAUCGCACCUGAGGGGCGAGUUUGCCUUGGUCCUCUGGGAUGCGAAGAGAGAGUUGUUCUUUGCUGCACGCGAUCGUCGCAACUGA